CCCCCGCCGUAUAAAUGGGUGGCAGGCCAGGCCGCGCCCACUCCUCUCCACCAACAGCUCGCUCGCCCCACCGCCUCACUCUCGCUUGCCACAGCCUGACAGCCAUCAGCCAUUCAGCCUCGCUCGCUAGCUAGCUUCCAGGAGCAACAGCUUUGUCGUGUACCCAACGUGGUUUCUUGGCUCGCAUCGCAAUGCCGGCCAUGGUGGAGGAGGUCCGGGCGGCGGCGGAGGCGGGGGCGGCCGGGCCGCACUUCCUGGUGGUGACCUACCCGGCGCAGGGCCACAUCAACCCGGCGCGCCACCUCGCGCGCCGCCUGCUCCGCGCCACGGGGGCGCGCGUCACCAUCUCCACCGCCGCGUCCGCGUUCCGCAAGAUGUUCCCGGGCGACGAGGAGGGGGCGGCGGCCGGCGAGUGCCACCGCGACGCCGCGGGGGUGUGGUACGUGCCCUACUCCGACGGCUACGACGCCGGGUUCGACCGCGCCGUGCACGACCACACGCACUACAUGAGCCAGGUCAGGGUCGUCGGCUCCCGCACGCUCGGGGCCGUCCUCGAACGCCUCCGCGCCGCGGGGCGGCCCGUCACGCUCGUCGUCUACACGCUGCUGCUCUCGUGGGUCGCCGACGUGGCCCGCGGCCACGGCGUGCCCGCCGCGCUCUACUGGAUCCAGCCGGCCACCGUGCUCGCCGCGUACCUGCACUUCUUCCGCGGCACCGACGGCGUGGACAGGGCCAUCGCCGCGGCGGGCGGCGACCCCAUGGCCACCGUCCGCGUCCCGGGCCUCCCGCCGCUCCGCAUCCGCGACCUGCCGUCGUUCAUCGCCAACACCUCCGAGGACGACCCGUACGCGUUCGUCGCCGACAUGUUCCGCGAGCUCGUCGACAUGCUCGGCCGCGAGGACAGCCCCAGCGUGCUCACCAACACGUUCGACGCCAUGGAGCCCGAGGCGGUGGCGUCGCUGCGCGAGCACGGCGUCGACAUCGUCCCCGUCGGCCCCGUGCUCUCCUUCCUCGACGAGGCGCCGGGGGCCGGGUGCGUGUCCGUCGCGAAGAACGGCGGCAACGACCUGUUCAAGCAGGACGGCACGGGCUACCUCGAGUGGCUGGACGCGCAGGCGCCCGGCUCGGUGGUGUACAUCUCGUUCGGGAGCCUGUCGAUGAUGAGCAAGCGGCAGAUCGAGGAGGUGGCGCGCGGCAUGGCGGCGAGCGGGCGGCCGUUCCUGUGGGUGCUGCGGGAGGACAACCGCAGCAGCGAGGGCGCCGGCGACGCGGCGUCGCUCGGCGGCGAGCGCGGCAUGGUGGUGGAGUGGUGCGACCAGGUGCGGGUGCUGUCGCACCCGGCCGUGGGGUGCUUCGUCACGCACUGCGGCUGGAACUCGACGCUGGAGAGCGUGGCGUGCGGCGUGCCCACCGUGGGGGUGCCCCAGUGGACGGACCAGGGCACCAACGCGUGGCUGGUGGAGCGGCUCGGCGCCGGGGUCAGGGCCGCCGUCAGCGACAAGGACGGCGUGCUGGAGGCCGACGAGCUGCGGAGGUGCCUCGACUUCGCCACGUCCGAGAUGGUGCGCGCCAAGGCCGCCGUGUGGAGGGAGAAGGCGCACGCCUCGGCGGCGGAGGGCGGCUCGUCGGAGCGGAACCUCAGGGCGUUCGUCGGGAAGCAGCUCGGCGGCGGCAACUAGGCUGUCCUCGCUCUCUCGGUCGCGUCGAUGCAUUGCUCUAUGCCAACAAGGAUGGCAUAGUAGGAUGGAUGGAGCCUACAAGUACCUAGAAGACACCGACCUAUAUAUUACACCUAAUAUACUGUACUUUUACAUUGCUGUAUCCGGUUCUUGGGAAAUACUAUCAAACAUCGUUGUGUUCAUGGUGGAUUUUACGUGGUGGUAAUUAUUCGACUAAAUUUCA